AUGGCACCCCCAGCUGUAACUGCAUUGCAACAUCUCUCCAAUGCACUCGCAACUCCCGAGCAAUUAUCUAGCUCCUCAUCGUCCAUUGAUGGCGUCACUCCCGACCUAGAGGCGUCCCUUCGAUUUGCGGGCGCGCAGCUUACCCACGCAGCUGGCAUCCUGCUGCGCCUGUCGCAGGAUAUCAUUGCGCAGGCCAUCGUGACUUACACCCGCUUCUGGAUCGGCCCUGAAGGGGGAAGCAUGCGUAUUUAUUCAGUGAAGGACGUGUCCGCCGCAGCUCUGUACCUGACCGCGAAGCUUUCAUUCCAGCCAACCUCACCUCGAUCGGUCCUCAACGUCUACAACUUCCUCUUGUCCAAAGAAGCGUCUCCACUAUGGUUCGUCAAUCCCAGAGGAGUAACAGAUAAGCCCGCCCCGGAAACGUACGUCCUCUCCGAAGGAGGCUACCAGACGCAGCGCGCCGUCCUCCUGCGAAUCGAGUCGGUCAUCCUUCGCACACUGGGCUUCAACACACAUGUCGCCCUACCGCAUACAGUCGCCCUGACGUACCUGCAGACCCUCGGCGUUUCUUCAUCAGAUGUAGCCCAGAGGGUAUUCGAGCACUUGAAUGGGUCUCUGUUGUCGCCGCAAUUACUCUACGUCACACACCAGCCGAAUGCGCUUGCUGUCGCGGCCAUAUACCUCGCUGCUCGGGAAAAGGGAGUGAAGCUGGUGGAUGGGGAGUGGUGGGAGGUCUUUGACGUCGAUCGGGAGGAGCUGGGGUUCUUGGUUGUGGCUAUGGGGAGCUUGGAAGGAUUUGCGAGGGCAGAGCUCGACAAAUGGAAGACGCGGAUGGUGCCGAUGAAUGUGGAGGAAUUGGAGGCUGAGAUUGAACGACGCAGGAUGAUGGAGGAGGGCGAGUGA